AUGCCGUCUGAAACAGAGGCUCUCUUGGGCAACGGGCAUUUGUGCCCGCCCCCGUCGCGAUCACAGUCGCGGCCGCGAGGCUUCGUGCACCAUUUGCGAGAUGAAAUCGACCCCGGGCGCGGUGACUUGCUUCUUCUCUUCUGCUAUAUAAUCACGGGCUUGCUGGAUAGCUCCGCCGUCUUCAUCUGGGGGUCCUUCGUGAGCAUGCAGACCGGAAACACGGUCUACUUCGGCCUCGGGCUCGUCGGCAGCGAUGACGGACGAUGGAUCAAAUCUGGUAUCUCGAUCGCCGGGUUCUGUCUCGGCUCGCUAUUCUUCGGCGUCUUCCAUCGGCAUUUUUCUGCUCGGAAACGCUGGGUGCUGUGUGCAUCCUUCUUGAUCCAGCUGGCCUGUGUGGUCGUGGCGGCCCUCAUUGUCACCAUCUUCCGACCGUCAGGAGAGGAUCAAGUGCACUGGUUGGUCUCGGUGCCCCUUGCUCUGGUCGCGUUCCAGAGCAGCGGCCAAACGGUGGCGAGUCGCGUACUCGAGCAAAAGGCUUUGACGAGUGUGGUGCUCACCAGUAUUUACUGUGAUCUGUUCUCGCAUCCUGAUUUUCUCUCUUUCAAGGUCUUUCGGACCCCCGAGGAGCUGCGGCGACUCGGCGCUGUGCUCUGCCUGUUGCUCGGUGUGGUCCUGGGAGGGCUCUGGGCACACAGCUCCAUUGGAAUGAUGGGCGCACUCUGGACCGCCGCGUUGUUCAAGGUGGCCAUAGUCUUGGCGUGGCUACUGUGGCAGCGAGAAGAUCCUUGA